UGCUCCCCGACAUGGGACACUCAGUUCACACUCAUCUGGCUGCACUACAGUGAAAAGUGCACUGUUCUCUUCCACUUCUUCACUUUGCUGCGUUUGAAGGUGGAGUGUUUUCUGUGAGACGACAUGAAGCUAGCAGUGACUCUGCUGGGCCUCGUCGUCCUGCUGGACGCCUCCUUGGCUGCAGAAAAGUCCUGUGUGGGUCAGUGCGGCUCCUUCGAUCCACAGAGGAAAUGCCAGUGCGACUCCAUGUGUGUUUACUAUGGAAGCUGCUGUGGAGACUUUGACUCCGUGUGCCCCAAAAAGACCGCUAGGGGUGACACCUUCGAUGCAGAAGAGGACGCCACAGAAACUGUGACGCCCGUGGCUACGACUGUUGCACCAACUUUCCAAACAUCUGCAGCGGUUGUCACUCUCCCACCCAUCACCACACAAGACCCCACCCCAGCUGCAGACCCUGACGCAGUGCCCUGCAGCGGGCGACCGUUUGAUGCUUUUCUGCAGAUGAAGAAUGGCUCCAUCUAUGCUUUCAGAGGUGAAUAUUUUUUCGAGCUGGACGACAAGUCUGUUCUUCCUGGUUACCCCCGACUCAUCCAGGACGUGUGGGGAAUAGCAGGACCUAUCGACGCCGCGUUCACACGCAUCAACUGCCAGGGGAAAUCCUACAUCUUUAAGGGUGACAAGUACUGGAGGUUUGACGGCAACGUCUUGGAUCCGGAAUAUCCACGGCUCAUUUCGGUCGGAUUUGACGGAAUACCAGACGAUACUGACGCUGCGUUUGCUGUCCCGGCCCCGAGCCAUCGUGGCAAAGAGAAAGUUUACUUUUUCAAAGGGCAAAACUAUUACGAGUAUGAUUUCAAACACCAGCCUUCCCACGAGGAGUGUGUCCGCAUGAGCAGGUCCUCGCCGUCUGUGCUGUUCACGAGAUACACGGACCUCUUCUGCGAUCAGUCCUGGGAGGAUUUCUUCAUGGAGCUCUUUGGAGACUCCUUCAGCGAUCCCCACACUGGCCCUCGUCUCAUCAGCCAGGACUGGCAGGGCAUCAGGGCUCCUGUAGACGCUGCCAUGGUCGGACGAGUCUACCUCAGCCCCAAGCCCACGCUAUCGCCCAGACCAGCAGUGAGGAGGCGGAAGAAGAAGCCCAGCAAGAGGCGUAAACAGCGAAGACGGCAGAGUCGCCAUGUGCUGUUCGAUGAUUUCUGGAGUUAUGAUGAUUGGUCUGAUUACGAUUACAGCGACAACGUCGAUGAGAGCCCCACCGAGGCGUACCGGAGCACUCCUGUUCAGAAUGUGUAUUUUUUCAAGGGAGAUAAAUACUACAGAGUGAGUCAGCAGACGAAACGUGUGGACACCGCCAACCCGCCAUACCCACGAUCCAUCGCAAAAUACUGGCUGGGCUGCAAGUACGAGGAGAAACCGGAUGUUACAAGGGCAGAGAAGAAAUAGGCUGCCUGAGGAAAUACAUAGAAAUCCUCUCUGUGUUUCAAAUACAAGUUCGUCUUAAAGUAAUUACAGCAUGAAUUUAUGAUUAGGUGAGUUAUUGUUGAUAUUAAUGCAUUUUGUUCACAAUACCCCUCUAAUGUCCCCUGAGGUCCUGUGUUGACAAAUCCUCCUCAGUAAUAAGUAAUUUGCUGCUGGACAAAUGACGGCAAGAGAUUUUUUUGUGAUGUAAUUGAGUAUUAAACAUUCUCAUGUCUGGUUACUUUAAUAAACGUGUAAUUAAAGGA